AGAGCACAGCCAGCGGCCGCGGGGAGAGAAGACUGGGCGAUCGGGGAUCAUGGGGGAGAGCGCGCUGGAGCCGGGGCCUGUGCCCGGAGCGCCAGCGGGGGGCCCGGUGCACGCCGUGACAGUGGUGACCCUGCUGGAGAAGCUGGCCACCAUGCUGGAGGCGCUGCAGGAGCGGCAGGGGGGGCUGGCUCGCAGGCAGGGCGGCCUGGCGGGCUCCGUGCGCCGCAUCCAGAGCGGCCUGGGCGCGCUGAGUCGCAGCCACGACACCACGAGCAACACGCUGGCGCAGCUGCUGGCCAAGGCGGAGCGCGUGGGCUCGCACGCCGACGCCGCCCAGGAGCGCGCCGUGCACCGCGCCGCCCAGGUGCAGCGGCUGGAGGCAAACCACGGGCUGCUGGUGGCGCGCGGGAAGCUCCACGUCCUGCUCUUCAAGGAGGAGGCUGAAAUCCCAGCCAGCGCCUUCCAGAAGGCUCCGGAGCCCUUAGGCCCAGCCGACCAGUCCGAGCCCGGCCUAGAGCAGCCGGCGGUGGAAGUUGAGGAGAGCUCCGACGAGGAGCCGGUGGAGUCCAGGGCACGGCGGCUGCGGCGCACCGGGUUGCAGAAGGUACAGAGCCUGCGAAGGGCUCUUUCGGGCCGCAAAGGUCCUGCAGCACCAACUCCCACGCCUGUCAAGCCACCUCGCCUUGGGCCUGGCCGGAGUGCUGAGGGUCGGUCCGAAGCCCAGCCUGCGCUGGAGUCCAGGCAGGAGCCAGAACCUCCUCAGGACACCGAGGAAGAUCCCGGGAGACCUGGGGCUGCCGAAGCAGCUGUGCUCCAAUUAGAGAGUGCAGCCUGAUGGCUGGUGCUGCCCGCCUCCCCCGUGCCUAAGCCUAGUCCCAAAAUAAAUCUUUCUCUCAGAAUGCAGCAUUCACGCCCAAAUAAGGAGUGAAUCCUGCAUCCACAGCCCAGCUCUGGGCCGUUCCUUCCCGGGGGGCCCCUUCAGCCUAGUACCCUGUGUCCUCUAAAAGAGGAGCAGUCACUCACACCUGCUUGCACUCACCAUCAAUAAAAGGAAUGUCACCUAAUCCAGACUCCAUGUGAAGAGGUUGGGGGAGAAGGCUGUGCAAGGAAUAAGACAGAUGUUGGAACCUGAAAUGUGGCUUCAAUUUCAAGCAGACCAUUGUCUGAUUUCUCGAGUUUCCUCUGAAUCCUGGGCUGUACUCCAAUGGGACAUAGAAAUAUCCUGCCGAGCGCUUGCUCUUUAAGCACUUUCCUCAUGAGGAAGCAUCCGUACAGUCUCUUGCUGUAGGUGCUCAGCCUGUCGCUUGCUGUAGGUGCAGUUUUCCUCUUAGUCUCUUCUUCCUGCACCACUUCGUAAAAGUUGGAUUUUCCAGAAUUCUGUCCCCAGCCCUCUUCUCAUUCUGGGUACUCCUCCAUUAGCAUUCACUCCCAGGCCUCCCCUACCAGUCACAUACCCCCCACACAACUGUCUUGAGCUGCAGUUGAAAAGUACUUCAAACUCAAGGUGUCCAAAAGAAGCCAUCUAUCUGCUACUUUUAAUUAAGUUAAAUUUCAAUUCAAUGGCUGUUUAUUGAGCACUUUCUCUGUAUCAUUCAAAAUUGCUCCCCAUCUGGUGUUUUCUUGACCAACAAAUGGCACUAUCAUCCACAUAGAAACCUGGGAGUCCUCGUUGGCUCCUCCCUCUCUGCCACUCCCAUACCACAUGCAAACAGUUAUCCUGGUGCUUUGCCCUCAGCAGUCUGUCCACCUCUCUUUCUUUUUUUAAAAAAGAUUUUAUUUUUCCUUUUUCUCCCCAAACGCCCCCGUACAUAGUUGUAUAUUUUUAGUUGUGGGUCCUUCUAGUUGUGGCAUGUGGGAUGCCGCCUCAGCAUGGCUUGAUGAGCAGUGCCAUGUCUGCGCCCAGGAUCUGAACCAGCAAAACCCUGGGCCACCGAAGCGAGCACACGAACUUAACCACUUGGCCCCGGGACCGGCCCCCACUUUUCUUAAUAGCAUGGCCACUGCUCUAUUUCAGGCCUUAUCUUUCACCUGAUUAUGAUUUGAACCGUCAAUCUGAUCACAUGGCCCUCCUGAUCCAGACCCUUCAAUGGCCAAUGGCUCUCCAUCACCUUCAGAAUAAAGUCCAAGCUCUUAAAUGCUA